UCCUUUACUUCUUCCUACUCUUUUGCAACGUGCUGUUCAACACAACUGCAGUCAAGAAAAUACUCCUAAAGGAUUUCUUCUGGGCUUUCAUUGUGUUUUCAAGGUGUACCUUCAAAACUUAAAAUGCUGCACUGAGAUCUUGGCCAUGCAAACGCUGGAGAACUGUCAAGAAUGUCCUCUGGGAGCCUGUGAUCUGUUUCAGCGGCAACGGCAUCCAUCAAGUUCCAGAUUGCUGCCCUUCCUGGCUGUUACGGAUGCCCUGUGAAUUCUGCUGUCUUUGGUACCCAACAUAAACAGGUAACUUAAGAUUAUAGAACCAUGCUAACACUACCGUUUGAUGAGUCUGUUGUAAUGCCAGAGUCCCAGAUGUGCAGAAAGUUUUCCAGAGAAAGCGAUGACCAAAAGCAAAUAAAGAACCCGGAAAGCUUUUCGAAGCAGAUCAUACUCCGAGGGAAGAAUAUUAAAAGGUCUCCCGGAGAAGAUACAGAGAAAGAGGAAGAAGAGGAGGAGAGGGAGGAGGAGGAUGAGAACGGCUUGCCCAGGAGAAGAGGCCUUCGGAAAAAAAAGACGAGCAAGAUCAGGAUGGAAAGGAUCAAAUUCAGGCGACAAGAAGCCAACGCGCGUGAGAGGAACCGGAUGCACGGCCUUAACGACGCUCUGGACAAUUUAAGGAAAGUGGUCCCUUGCUACUCUAAAACACAAAAACUGUCUAAAAUUGAAACGUUGAGAUUAGCCAAGAACUACAUUUGGGCUCUUUCCGAAAUUCUGCGAAUUGGCAAGAGGCCUGACCUGCUCACCUUUGUCCAGAACUUGUGCAAGGGUCUGUCCCAGCCAACGACAAACUUGGUGGCGGGAUGCCUGCAGCUGAAUGCCCGAAGCUUCCUGAUGGGCCAGGCAGGCGAAGGUGCCCAUCAUGCCCGCUCGCCUUACUCUACCUUCUACCCUCCCUACCACAGCCCUGAGCUCGGCACCCCCCCAGGGCAUGGGACUCUCGACAACUCCAAGUCCAUGAAACCCUACAACUACUGCAGUGCGUAUGAGUCCUUCUACGAGAGUACUUCCCCAGAGUGUGCCAGCCCACAGUUUGAAGGUCCCUUAAGUCCUCCCCCAAUUAACUAUAAUGGGAUAUUUUCCCUGAAGCAAGAAGAAAGCUUGGACUAUGGCAAAAAUUACAAUUACGGCAUGCAUUACUGUGCAGUGCCACCCAGGGGUCCCCUUGGGCAGAGCUCGAUGUUCAGGUUGCCUACAGAGAGCCACUUCCCUUACGACUUACAUCUGCGCAGCCAGUCUCUCACCAUGCAAGAUGAAUUAAAUGCAGUUUUUCAUAAUUAAUGAGGAAAAUGAAAAUAAACAGUGGUCAUUCACCUCCCCAUCUAAUUAAGAGCGAGCAGAUGCUUGGGCACUGCGUAAUUGGCACAACUCUAUUUAACGUGUUUACUAGUUUCUAAAGUGUGUUUCAACUAUUGUGGGGAUUUUCUAUGUAUUAAUAAAUCCCUUUUACGAUAAGCAUUUUUUCUUUCUUUUUUGUUUUGUUUUGGUUUUUUGGGUUUUUUUUUUUGUUUGUUUGGUUUUUUUUGGUCUGUAAACACUGUGAAAUUAUGUUUCCUCCCAGAGGUUAUUUCCCCCCUCCUUUUUUUCUUAUUUCCCUACUUGCUUGAUUUGUUGAGCAGUGUGUCUGAACAGCACCGCCGAAAUAAAAGCAUACACACUGUGUAAAGUUAAUGUCUAUUUUGAUUGUACAGUAAUUAUACAAAUGCAUGUUAUUGAAAUCAGAUGAAUAAAAAUGAUGUAUUUAUAAUUGGUAGAAAUUAUAUAUUAUGUAUUUGAAGGAGAACUGGGUUUAAAAAUAUUCAGAACUUUAAAGAAAUUAUCUCAGAACUGAGAUGGGCUUGCAAUAUGCAGAGGUGAGAGAGCAGCAAUAUUGAAAGCUAUGCAAAAAAAAAAAAAAAAGCAUACGAAAAAAAACAAAACAGAUUUUCUGGUUGUUGUUUUUGGGUAAGCUAACAAAAAAGCAGUGACUGUCACUGAAAUUAUUCAACCUGGCCUUUAGAGUGUUGCUGGCAGGGGCCACAUGCUAAUAUUUUAGAAGAUGUUGUUGAAAUUUUGCCUCAGUUAUUUUGACCAUAUAUAAUCAGCACUUUUUUGUAUUAUUCUGACUUCAGAUGUAAAGGUUUGUUAUAACAAUGUAUAACUGUGGUUUCUCACUACGUAUUUUAAAUGCAAUUAAACAUAGAUGUUUCCACUUUUAAAAUACAUCUAUUAGCUGUGAUGCUG